AUGUUCACCACAUUUAACUCCAAGGGCGAUGUCUCUGCCAAUUUCAAAGUCAGAAAGAUCAAAAUAAACAAUCCCAAUGAACAAACAAGACCCUCACUGUUGAAGUUUGUUGGUAUCUCCCCAAGAUCUCGAAAUGGCUGCUUGGAGUGCAAAAAGAGAAAGAAAAGAUGCGAUGAAAAUAAACCAAAAUGCAAUCUUUGCCAAAAAAGAGAUAUUGAAUGUACAUACACUGUUUAUAAUCCCAAAAACAACACCUCUGUCUAUAAAAUAAUCAAUGCUUUAGCGUCCAAACCAGAGGAAGAAAAAGAAAAGAAACUCAAACAGGAAGAUGUGCUAAUAAAUAGCCACUUUUUGUCCAAUUCUUUGAUUAAUGAUAAAUCUUUGCCCAUACUAAGCGUCGGAAAACCUUUAAAUAAUGCUAUAAUAAGUACUUUUUCUAACGAAAUGAAUAUUUCCUUGAACAGCUCUAGUAGUUCUAGCUUUGAAUCAACCUCUGAUAUUCACGCAGUGUCCAAUUCUAUACCAAUUAUUCAUUCCUUGAAAAUAUGCUCUCAAAAUCAGCAGAAAUAUUCGACUGAACUGGAUAAUAGCAACUUAUAUAGCAAUAGAUAUUGCAAUUUUGGUAACACAAAUAAUCCAUAUCUUACCAAUAAUAACUCUAAUACUCAAACUAAUUCUGAUUCUACUCUUUCCACAGAUAAUGAUUUUGACGCUCCUAACAUAAAUUAUAAUAGUUUUUACGUUAAUGACAUCAAAACUGAUACAACAAAUAUCAAUCAGAAUAAUAACUAUUUUUAUAUAAAUAAUACUAGAAAUAAUAAUAUUUCAGAUAAUGGUGAUAAUUGUUUUUAUAUUAAUGACACAGAUAUUAGUCCUAACUCUAAAUACAACGCUAGUACCAAUAGUAAUACUAUUUCUAAUAGUAAAAACAGUAAUAUCAAAAAUUUUGAUAAUAACAACAGUAAUGCCAAAAUUUUUAAAAAUAACAAUGACGAUAAUAGCAACAAUAUUAAUCUCUGGAGCAUAAUUGAUGAGAUUAAUGGUGCGAAUAACGUUAUUAUUAAUGAUGAUAGCAUUAAUCAAAAUAACAUUAAUAACAUUAACAACAAUAAUAAUUUAAAUGAGAUGAAAACAAACUAUAAUAAUAAUACUCAAGCUAUUAUUAAUAAUCAUCCUUACAAUAAAUAUUUUAAUAAUCAACAUCAAUACGAUGAAAAAUCAGAAAAUCAGAAAAUUUUUAAAAAUCAAGAUCUAAAUUUUUGGAAUUUUAUCAAUGAAGUGUUUCUUCGUGAGAAUUCUCAAAGUUCUAUUAAAAAAAAUGAUAACUUUGACAUACAUAAAUAUAGGAUUAAUAGCUUGUUAUCUCAAUACAAAGUUUUAAACACUCCAUCACGACAUAAUCUAUCAAUUUUCCAUUAUCCUGAAAACUUCAAUUAUAACGAUGAAAAACCAAUUACAUUUCUUGAAUUUUAUUGCAAGAAAUUGGCAAAGUCAUUUUGUACUAUAUCCGACGAAAAAAACUCAUUUAUAAAUAUUUAUCUUCCAAUGGCUUCCGAUGAUGAAUGUGUAUUAUAUAGUUUGGUUUAUUGGGCUGCUAAGACAUUAAACGACCCUUCUGGAAAUUACUAUCUUGAAAAAUCAUUGUUUUUAUUAAAUCAAAAGUUGAAUAAUUUAAGUUUGAAAAAUUAUAUAUCUUGCUUGGCUACUUUGACUAUUUUCGGGGGAAUUUAUGUCACAACUGGGAAUUCAAGCAAUUCUUUUUAUAAUUUGUUGAUCAUUUGCAAAAAGCUUAUUGAAUUUGGAGGAGGUCUUGAAUCAGUUGGAAAAUCAGUUCAAGAAAAAUGGCUUUUAUCGAUAUUUACCUAUAUGGAAAUGUUAUCAUCAAAAACGCUUCAGAACGGGACAUUAUUUUCCGAUCAUGAUUAUUUAAUGACCUAUCGGUUAAUGAAUCAUAGAUAUGGUAUUGAUCCUGUUCAAAGUUGUCUGAAACCAUUAUUUUUAUUAAUGGCAGAAAUAAUUAAUUAUUCAAAACAAUUUAAGAAACAAAUCUAUGAGCAAGAAGAGAGUUAUUCAAGUUCAUUUGACUCAAAGACUAGAUUAGGUAAAGAAAUUGGAGCAAGUAAAAAGAAAUCUAAUAGGAAGUUUUUUUGUAAUGUUAGCAACAAAAAUAUUGAUUUUAGUUUAUUGAAUGAUGCUUUCAAUGAAAGUGAAAGGGAUUUCAAGGCUACAUUUGAUAAUUUCAAGUUGAAUAAUAAAACCAUUAGGAAUAAUUGGAAGUUUAAAAAAGGUCUAAGUAAGAGCGAAAUAUUUGAAUUAUUAAAAAAAAAUGACCAAAAAUUUAUCGAAUUUGAAACCAGAAUUGAUAAUUGUAAACCGUCUAAGGAGGAUUUGCUGUGCUUUAAAAAUGAUAAAGAAUUUGAAGAACAUUUGAUGUUAUUUGAGUUGUUUCAAUUAUCAUUGAAAAUGUUUUUGUUAAGCGAAUUAAAAUAUGCUUCACCAAAUUCACCACAAAUUCAGUAUUUAUUAAUUCAAAUUAAUAUUUCGUUAGACAUAUUGAUUGAUAGUGCAGUAAAGCCCACAUUGUUUUUACCAAUGACAUUGGCGGGAUUUAAUUCAGUUAGUGAUAGCGAUAGGAUUUCGUGUUUAAAAAGAUUUGAAAAAUUAUUAAAAAAUAUAAAUCCAACGCCAGGAAAUGGAUUUUUGGUAAAGAGUCUUGUUGAACAAUCAUGGAAAGUAAAUCCUCAUGGUAGCAUAUGUUUAAAUUGGUAUGAAUUAGCUAGUAGUAAUGGGUUAUGCUUAAAUUUAGGAUAA